AUGCAGUCUGAGAGCACGGUCAAGGCCGAUCCGGAUGUCGAAACACAGGACAUUACGGCGGCGGAGCAGAAAGGCAGCACAGCGAAUAAAACCGACUCGAAGGCUCAGAAUGGCAAAGGCCAGAACACCGUCAAAGGCCAAUUCCCUCCACCGAAGACCGAUAAACCACGACCUCAUGUCUGUGGGACUUGUGGGCGUUCCUUUGCUCGGUUAGAGCAUCUCAAGCGACACGAGCGAUCACACACGAAAGAGAAGCCUUUCGAGUGCCCUGAAUGCACGAGAUGCUUUGCAAGACGAGAUCUACUCCUCCGACACCAGCAGAAGCUUCACAUGACAAACACGACUUCAUCGAGACCAAGGAAUGGACGACGUGAGAGCGUAAGCGGAGCCUCUGUCUCUGGUUCGAAUAGAGUCCGAAAGAACUCGAUAGCCAAUGGCAAUGUCGGAGGCGCGGCUGGCCAAAUCAGUGGUCAUCGUCCUAGAGCAGCAACGAUCAGCCAUAUCGAUCUCUCGUCGCUAGGACUCAUGGAUGGAUCUGGCUCACAACUCAGCCGUAUGCAGGCACUCGGCCUACACCCUGGAGGACAUCUUGGUCACAACGGACUGCCAGCGCACAUGAACUUCGACUACCGAGGGAUGUCCAAUUCAAUCGGUAAUCAUGGUAACAUCCAUGCACUACCGAAGCUGGACUUGUCUGCGGUCAACAGCCUCGACACCACCAACUCUUUGAGAACUGCUCCGCCAAUGGGCGGUAUUGCAAGCUUCGCACAUUCUGCUGGUUUCGAUCUAGAGAACCUCUUCAGUCCCGCAACCACUGUGAACCCGGCACAGCUACAAUUUGGAGGACCGACUUCUGCUACAUCACAGUUUCCCAACUACGAGGCAUUUACCUCUCAGCAUCCGAUAAUUCCUGAAGGUGAUGACUUCCACUGGAUGCGACAAUGGAACAUGCAGAUACCGCAAGGCAAUGAUAUGAAUGAGCAUGCGAUCGACGAGUCUUCGCCGUCUCGAAUCAGUAGUGGAGACAGCCCAGCCGACUACAGUGAUCACUUGAGCCACAGCACACCCGCUAUGGCAAUGCCGAACAACGAUUUUGGAUGGUCUCAGCCAGAGCUGCACUCCUCGCAACCGCUCUCGGGUGGUGGACCAUUUCAAUUGGGUGCAUUGGGCACCGGACUGCCACAACUAGAUGCACCGAUGGGGACGAUCUCACCUUCAACAUUAAAUGAUCCCACGGCCACCGGUGGCGCAUACUUCGAGACUCCAAUGUCCAACCACACGUCUCCACAGCAAUUGCAGCAAAUGCACACGGACGCAAUGUCUGGCAGCAUGCAAGGCCAAAGCCCAAAUUUCUUCGCAGCACCAUCGCUUUCGAACUUCAGCUCCGAUAGUCCGAGUAUGUCAUCCUCGUCGGCGCGGCAGAGCUCCGUGACCUCCAACUCUACAGACUCUAUUACAGAUGCCACCCGGCAAGCUCUUCUGACUAGCCUUUCGCAGCCCUCUGUGUAUGGCCACAACCACAGGAAAUACUCGCAGCCUAACAUUAGCUCCCCGUUGUCGCCAGCAGGUACACGUACUGCUAUGCAAGGACCCAAUCUACCCAGCACGGCGGACAUAAGACGAUACGUGGAUGCCUUCAUCAAUUUUGCCCAUCCACAUCUUCCAGUCCUACACAUACCGACAUUGUCAUUCGACGCUACGGAUCUUGGCAGCAAUAAUCGCGGUUCAACAUCACAUGGUGGUUUCGGUCAGAACGGUCCCGUUGGAGGAGGAGGUUGUCUGAUUCUUGCAAUGGCUGCCAUUGGAGCGUUGUACGAGUAUGAUCAUCCGGCAUCGAAAGAGCUGUUUGAAGCUGCAAAGAAAAUGAUCAGCUUAUAUCUAGAAGAGCGCAGGAAGGCAGACAUGACGGCUGCUGUCAACGGGCCAAACUUCGAUGGGUCCUCUCACACUCCGCUUUGGCUUGUGCAUGCAAUGCUCUUGAACGUCAUUUAUGGACACCAGUGUGGCGACAAAACUGCCGCUGAUAUAGCGAGUACACAUUGCGCGGCCCUCGUAAGCUUGGCCCGAGCAGCCCACCUUGCUCAGCCAUCUUCGAAUGCUGGCUCGCCUAACGAUCAUCCUUCGACAGCCGACGUUGACAUGGUCGAUGCCAGUAACGUGUCACCAAAUUACUCUGCCAGACGUGGAAGCCAAGCAUCAAGCCUGCAAGUCCAAUGGAUGACCUGGAAGAACGCGGAGGAGCGCAAGCGCACGCUAUUCGCGAUUUUCAUCCUUUCAAGCUUACUGACGACGGCUUACAAUCAGCCUCCAACGAUCAUGAACUCUGAGAUAUUGCUAGACUUGCCUUGUGACGAAGAGCUCUGGUCUGCAGAGUCAGCACAAGAAUGGCAGAAUCGAGGAGGAUUGGCUGCUACAGAGGACAACGCAGUAUCUUUCGCAGAAGCGCUCAGCACCCUGCUCAUGGCGAAUCAACGGCAAUCGAGCAGCCACUCUGGUCACAGCGGCAAUAAUCCUCUUGGUACCUUGCAAGCUGGUGAUGGCGCUGCUGAUCAUGACCUUCGACCGAGCACAUUCGGAUGUCUAGUCUUGAUCAACGCCUUGCACAACUAUAUUUGGGAGACCAGGACACGACAUCACGGCAGACAAUGGACACAGCAGGAGACCGACUCCAUGUUCUCGCAUAUCGAGCCUGCCUUGAACGCCUGGCAGGCUGCGUGGAAGUCCAAUACUCGUCACAAGCUAGAGAGGCCCAACCCAUUCGGUCUUGGUCCGCUCUCUGCUGAUAGCAUACCACUGCUCGAUUUGGCAUUUGUUCGUCUGUUCGUCGACCUUGGCCGGACGAAGGAAGCUUUCUGGCAGCGUGACUUUGAUGCGAUGGCUGAGGAGCUCGCAAAAGGCACCGAUAUAGUGCUGCAUGCGACGAGCUCGCCUAACGCAGAUGGCUCCUGGAACAGCAAAGCGAAGAGCGGAUCGCCGGGUGGGAUCGCAAAGCGCCGACUGUCUCAAGCUCCAGCAACGGACCAUUCCUCAUCUCGACGAGAGCGACAUCUGCGUAAAGCGGCAUUCUAUGCUGCCGACUCUUUGACCAUUGCUUGCAGCUACAACCUCACAUAUGCUGACAUGACCGCUCACGAGCUCCCGGUGCACUCGGCCUUGUGCUUCUUCGACUGCAGCCAAGUCCUUGCUGAGUGGUCUUCGACAGUGCAAGAACGCAUUGGACGAUAUCUAGGUGUUCUUGGGCGAGAUGCGGUCGACUUUACAGGCGUUCCAGCUAUCAUGCUGCUCGAGACAGAAGAUGUGGAGUUAUUCAGAAAGAUCGAACGCAUCUGUGAAAGCUUGGAAGCCAAACGGUUUCAGCAAGAGAACAUGCUUGCGCUGGAUCUACAGCAGAUGAACCCUGCCGCCUCAACCAACUCCAUGUACAACAAGGUCAAUUUGAGCACAUGCGGCUUUGGUAGUAAGAUCUUGAGAGUCACGGCCUUGAUGCUGGAAAAGGCCGUGGUCUGGCCUGUCACUCAUGUCAUGGCCAAGGCCCUCGAGACUCAAGCUGCGCACAUGGAUUCUCGCGCAGAGAACUCCACAACUUCAUAA